CCAAGAGAGAGGAGAGGAGAGGGGAGCCGCAGAGAGGGGCGCAAGGUUACAUUGCAAGCUCUUUGCAAAAAUGGGGGACGACCGACCUUUUGUGUGCCAUGCUCCUGGCUGUGGACAGAGGUUUACCAAUGAGGACCACUUGGCUGUACACAAACACAAGCAUGAGAUGACACUGAAAUUUGGACCAGCCAGGACCGACUCUGUAAUUAUUGCAGACCAGACACCUACUCCCACCCGCUUCCUAAAGAACUGCGAUGAGGUCGGUCUGUUCAAUGAGCUGGCCAGCUCCUUCGAUCAAGACGACGAUGAAAAGAGAGCAAAGAACUCUCUCCAUGCUCCCAACUCUGUGGCUGUGGACAUGAGCAUGCAGACAGCAUCAGACGUGAAGGUGAAAAAAGAGGAACCUGUAGAGGUCGACUCCUCGCCUCCGAGCAGCCCUGAUUCUUAUUCUGGAGAUUCGGACUACUACGAGCCUCUGGUUAAAGGAAAGGACACACCACCCAGAAGUUCAGCCCCCACCCCGACUAUUGUGCGUCCAGGUUCCCUCCAACUACACUUGGGCUUCGAUGCCCUUCAGCCCACCAUGCCGUCACCCACCUCUGUCAUCACACAGACACCGCCUUCCAAUCGAACUCUGGGUUCGCCAACCAGCCACUACCCCAUGAUGAUGCUUCCCUCUGGUCAGGCAGUGCCUGUGCUCCCUGGUCCAGUACAGAUCCCCUCUGUCAUUAAUCUGGCCCGAACCAUGAGCAUGGUGCCCAACAUUCCUGGAAUCCCCGGUCCUCCUCUGGGAGGCAGCAGCAGCGGCUCUAACUCCCCUUCUGGCUACAGCAUCCACUCAGAGGCCAAGAUGCGUCUGAAGGCUGCUCUGUCCCAGCAGAGCCCGUCAGGAUACAGCAUGGGGAUCAUGUCCAUGGGCGGCAGCCCAAUGAUACCACAGAGGGCAGAGCAGAGCCAGCUGCUGGUCCAACAUCCAGAUGCUCCAUCACCUGCACAACCUCAGGUAUCUCCAGCGCAGCCUACAGGUGGGCGGCGGCGGCGGACGGCAGAAGAUGACCCAGAUGAACGACGGCAGCGGUUCCUCGAGAGGAAUCGGGCCGCUGCAUCGCGCUGCAGACAGAAACGCAAACUGUGGGUCAACUCUCUGGAGAAGAAGGCUGAGGAGCUCUGCAACAUGAACGUCUCGCUGUCGAAUGAAGUGUCUCUGUUGCGGAACGAAGUGGCACAUUUGAAGCAGCUGCUGCUAGCCCACAAGGACUGUCCUGUGACCAACCUACAGAAGAAGUCUGCCUACUUAGCUGCAGAAGAGAGCAUGAAAGACUCCUCAGAGCUCACAGGCUCCCCUGCCCCGGUGAUCCAGCACAGCUCUCUGGCACACAGCCCCUCUGCAGGGCACAACGGCCUGAGCUCAAGGGCAGCAGCUGAGGCUAUGGCUAUGUCAGUGCUGGCCGGAAUGGGCCAGCAGCAGAGGUCUGAGAGUGGACCCUCUCACAUUAUCAUGGCUGCACAGUCUCAAUCUGCUGCCAGAUGAUGAGCGAUGCCACCCCGGCCCAGACUUGGCUCACAAUCAUCACCCAGGGAUAAAAAAGAGCAGCGGACACCCCUCCUCCUAACUUCUACCAACAUAGAAGUCCAAAUUUCUCAUCUUCCCCUUUCGCCCUCCGCUGUGCUCCUCUGCUCUCUCUGACCCUCCUCUGGAGCCAUCAAGCUGUGGCCUGGAGCUCAGCAGCAGCCUUCUGGGAAUGGACUUAGACUUUUGAGAGAGCUUCCUGUUCACUUUGCCAUAGACUACAGGGGCUGGACUCCAACCUCCCAUCCUCGUUUCCCCCUCUGUGCCUCUCCGCUCAUCUCUCCUCACCCUCAGUCAAAUCGACUCUUCACUGGACUGUAGGACUGCAUCGCUCUGAGUGAAUGCCGCCAUCCACUUCCCAUGUGGACACGUGUUGCAUAAACAUUCUCGAUCAAAUCAGAUAGCAAACGACACACAGGGCUUUACACCGUUUUCAGCAGGGAAUUGUGCCUUGUGCUCCUCGACUUGUUAGCCAUGCACACACCCACACAUGCCGUCACAGCAUAGGUCCCUAUACAUCCGUGGCUCCAAAGAUGCAGUAGUUGUCUAGACGUCAGUGACUCGGCUCUAAAAAUAGUCACUCAAACCUUUUGUAAACGGUUCCACCACAAGGUAAUCUCAACAUGGACCCAAAAACCUUACCUCAAUUACCCCCCUUCAUGAUAAAAUGAAUAAACUGUGUGUGUGAUAAGCUCUGUGCGUAUAUAUUUAUGUACAUCAGAACAUAGCAGUUUGCCUACUCCUGAACUGAUACGUUAAUAGCUGGAUUGUUAGCAUGUGACUUUUUCUAUUAGGGUGUUAUGUUCUUGAUACAGCCAUGUGCAGCUAUAUACAUUUUUUGUUAUUAAUUGGCACAUUGUCCCAGAUAAGUCCACAGAACCAGAACCAAAAUCUGUUGGAUUGACAUUGUAUUAUCUAAGAUUAAUUGGUUUAAGCAACUUUUUUUUUCUGAUCUGAAGGGAAUUUAACCUCUCCCCUCCUCCUUACUUUCCCCAUAAAACAGACAGUUUUGCUGUUUAUUGGUUUGUAAGUGGAUGCCUUUUCCAUUUUAUAUGAAACGGUUCUAGUGACUGUGUGUUUCUCUGUGUGGGCCCUGGACUUACUGUAACUGUUAUUUUCACACUUCUCAGGAUGGUUGCACAUCCUUGCUGCUCGUUGGAAGUGCGAUGAACCCAGUCACCCUGCUCUUUACCAAACCUAAACUAAGCCAUACUGACCACAAAUCAGAUAUCCGAAUCACCAAAGACCACCUUGUACCUGUUCUGGAGGCGAAGUAAAUAGCCUUACUGUUAUUUUGUGACUCAGAGGUCAUAGUGACAAAAUCAACAAUUAAUCCCUGCUUGUUACUUGCACUUACACUCAGUCUCACAUACAAUGUCUGAUGAUUUUGCCUUAAAACCACAUUUGUGCCUCCGAUAAUCCCAAAAAACAAAAGGUUGCUCUAUGUGAAAAACAGUGGAGCCUCAGAAAACCUUAUGUGUAUGAACUUGUCAGUUUCAUCAAAUUAAAAACUCAAGUCAAUAAGGAAAAAGUGUUUUAACCAUUGAAGAUUCCUCCAAGCCUUUAAAAUGAAUGGUUAAUUAAACCAUUAGUUUCUUUUCAGUGACAUAAUACCAUCCAAUACUUGCCUGUCAUCUGGUGGAGAGACGCAGCAAAGACAUCUUCACUGGAAAAAGGCUUUGAGGGAGAUAAAAGUUCAGAUGUCUUUUGACUGUUUAUGAACGGCUCCAGUUCUUUAUAAAUCCCACCAAGAUAUUUCACCAAGAUAUCAGUAUAUUUUUUUCACAAACACCUAAACAAGCAGUUUGCUUUCAUUGUUUUUUUCUUCUUCCUGUAUGUCUUUCCCUUUUCAUUUGUCUGAUAGGAUCAUAUAUUUGCAAGAUGUGAUAUUUCAAAAUCAAGAUAUCUGUCCAUUAUCAUAAGGGCAUGUCUAUGUGCACUAAAAUAAUGCAAGUUUAUUGUUGCUAAAGGUUUUUCAGUUCUCUUGGUCUUUUUUCGGGGGGUAUCGGAACCUUUUUUAAAAUCAUAUUUCUCCUAUCUGUACUGUAUACAAUAAUGGAAAUGUGCCCAGCUAACUUUGAAACCUUUCACUUUUGACUGAAACUUUUGUCCUACAGUCCCAAGGGAGACCCCGACAUUUUGUUGUACUUCAGAGCUGGCACUAUAUUCGGCUGGCAGUCCCUUAUAGACGAUUUCUCAUAUGAAAUGAAAAGUCAAACUAUAUUUAGCUUUCAUGUAAUUCAUGUCAUUGGCACCUUUUCUGUCAUUUCUAAUUUUCUCGUGUUGUGUGCUAUUUUGAGCACUAUACAACCCUUUGUACCGUCAUAACGCUUCUGAUUGUACUGAUGAAUAUAGAAACUAAUUUCUUUAACACAGAGAUCUCAUUUUUUUUUGUUUGGUUUUCUACAUAAAAAUGUAAUUAGUCCUCUUUCAAAAAGUGAUUUUGUAAUAUCUUUAAAGAUAAAUUUGGUCGUGUCCUUUUAACUUAUUUUUUAAUUGGUCAACUAACAAUGACAGUCUAUUGGCAUAUUAUUGUUACCUAGAAUGGUUGAGAAAAGAGAAAUUUUAUGGAAAAACACAAACAAUGUGAAAGUUGCAUACUAUAUUGAUGUUUUUUCACACUCCCAUUGUUGGACUGAUAAUUUCACAAAUUGUCCUUGUACUGUACAUAUCUGUACUAUAUGAAUAUAUUUACUUUUCCAUGCAUGUCCAAGUGGAAUACUAUGAACACUUACAGUGCUGCAGUUUUAAUUAAAGAAACUACAUACUU